UGGCUGACAGGGCGCACGCGCGUUUCCCUCAGAUGAGCCCCGUGUUUGGGGAAGCGAGUCUUGGGAGAGCGUGCGUGUUUGGCCAUUGUGGGCAGACAGUCCCCCGGCGCCAGUCCGCUUUAGUGCUUCCUUUGGAAACGUACGCUGUGCGAUCACUCCAGCAGUUUUAAUCAGCGAGCAAUUUGUAGAGGCUUAAACUGCAGUCUCCUGAUUAACAGCUUGGGCUUUGGAAUCACUCUCCAGUUCAAAAUUCUGACUGUCGGCUGACUGUGUACUAUCCUCCCUGUGGUAAUUUUAUCCUGUGUGAUCUCUCCCUGUGACUGAUGGCACAAAAUGGCUGACCAUCCCAACAAGUGCAUCGGGCAGUGAGAGGUGACCCCUGAGAACUGUUCAGCUAAGAUACGUUUUCUGAAAUUCUGAAUCAUGAGUCUAGCACUUAAUGAUCUGCUUAUUUGCUGCCGUCAACUAGAACUUGAUAAAGCUACAGAGCGAAGGAGAGAGAUUGAGAAAUUUAAGCGCCUGAUUGAGGAUCCUGAAACUGUUCGACAUUUAGAUCACCAUUCAGAUUCCAAACAAGGGAAAUAUUUGAAUUGGGAUGCUGUUUUUAGGUUUUUACAGAAAUAUAUUCAGAAAGAAACAGAAUGUCUGAGAACAGCAAGACAAAAUGUAUCAGCUUCGACACAAGCCACUAGGCAGAAAAAGAUGCAAGAAAUCAGUAGCUUGGUCAAGUGCUUCAUCAAAUGUGCAAAUAAAAGAGCACCCAGGCUGAAAUGUCAAGAACUGUUGAAUUAUAUCAUGGAUACAGUGAAAGAUUCAUCCAGUGGUGCUAUUUAUGGAGCUGAUUGUAGCAAUAUAUUGCUGAAGGACAUUCUUUCAGUGAGGAAAUACUGGUGUGAAAUAUCUCAGCAACAGUGGCUCGAAUUGUUCUCUGUGUAUUGCAGUCUAUAUCUUAAACCUUCACAAGACAUUAAUAGAGUUUUGGUGGCAAGAAUAAUUCAAGUUGUGACCAAAGGAUGCUGUUCACAGACUGAUGGAUUAAAUCCCAAAUUUUUGGAUUUUUUUUCUAAGGCUAUUCACCAGGCACGCCAAGAAAAGAGCCCUGCAGGUCUAAAUCAUAUCUUAGCAGCAUUUAUUAUCUUUCUCAAGACUUUGUCUGUUAACUUUCGAAUUCGAGUGUGUGAAUUAGGAGAUGAAAUUCUUCCUACCUUACUUUAUAUUUGGACUCAACAGAGACUUAAUAAUUCCUUAAAAGAAGUAAUUAUUGAAUUAUUUCAGCUACAAAUUUAUAUUCAUCAUCCAAAGGGAGCCAAAACUCAAGAUAAAGGUGCUUACGAAUCAAGAAAGUGGAGAAGUAUUUUACACAACCUGUAUGAUUUGCUAGUUAAUGAAAUAAGUCAUAUAGGAAGCAGAGGGAAAUACACUUCAGGAUCUCGUAAUAUUGCUGUUAAGGAAAACUUGAUUGAAUUGAUGGCAGAUAUUUGUCACCAGGUUUUUAAUGAAGAUUCCAGAUCUUUGGAGAUUUCUCAGUCUUACACAACCACACAAAGAGAACUUACUGAUUACAGUGUACCUUGCAAAAAGAGGAAGAUAGAAUUAGGCUGGGAAGUAAUAAAAGAUCAUCUUCAGAAGUCACAGAAUGAUUUUGAUAUUGUACCUUGGUUACAAAUUGCAACUCAAUUAAUAUCAAAAUAUCCUGCAAGUUUACCUAACUGUGAGUUGUCACCGUUACUAAUGAUACUAUACCAGCUUUUACCUCAACAGCGACGUGGGGAACGCACACCAUAUGUGUUACGAUGUCUUAUGGAAGUUGCAUUGUGUCAAGGCAAGAGAUCAAACCUAGAAAGCUCACAAAAGUCAGAUUUAUUGAAAAUCUGGAUUAAAAUUUGGUCUAUUACUUUUCGUGGUAUAAGUUCUGAACAAAUACAAACUGAAAACUUUGGCUUACUUGGAGCCAUAAUUCAAGGCAGUUUAGUUGAGGUUGACAGAGAAUUCUGGAAGUUAUUUACUGGGUCAGCCUGUAGACCUUCAUGUCCUGCAGUAUGCUGUUUGACUUUGGCACUGACAAUCUGUGUAGUUCCAGAAUCAGUAACAAUAGGAAUUGAGAAAAAUAUAUGUGAUGUAAGCAGAAAUUCUUUAAAGGAAUUGAUAAUGAAAUGGCUCUUAUUCUGUCAGUUAGAGGAUGACUUUGAAGACAGUACAGAACUACCUCCAAUUCUUUGCAGUAAUUUUCCUCAUCUUACCCUGGAGAAAAUUCUCGUGAGUCUCACUAUGAAAAACUGUAAAGCAGCAAUGAAUUUUUUCCAAAGUGUGCCAGAAUGUGAGCAACACCAAAAAGAUACAGAAGAACCUUCAUUCUCAGAAGCUGAAGAUCUGUUUCUUCAGACAACUUUUGACAAAAUGGAUUUUUUAACCAUUGUGAAAGAACAUACAAUAGAAAAGCACCAAUCCAGUGUAGGCUUUUCUGUCCACCAAAACCUCAAGGAGUCACUGGAUCGCUAUCUUCUGAGACUGUCAGAACAGCUUCUAAAUAACUACUCAUCUGAGACUUCAAAUUCAGAGAUGUUUGUCCGGUGUUCAAGUCUUUUGGUGGGUGUUCUUGGCUGCUAUUGUUACCUGGGUGUCAUAGCUGAAGAGGAAGCAUACAAAUCAGAAUUAUUCCAGAAAGCCAAGUCUCUAAUGCAGUGUGCUGGAGAAAGUAUCACUUUGUUUAAAAAUAAGACAAGUGAAGAAUCUAGAAUUGUUUCAUUGAGAAAUAUGAUACAUCUAUGUACAAGUUGCUUACAUAACUGUUCCAAGCACAGUCCAAAUAAGAUUGCAUCUGGCUUCUUCUUACGAUUAUUAACAUCAAAGCUAAUGAAUGACAUUGCAGAUAUUUGUAAAAGUUUAGCAUUCAUUAUCAAAAAGCCUUUUGACUUUGGAGAAGUAGAAUCACUGAAAGAAGAUGCUGAUGAAAAUCUGACGAGGAUAGAGGAUCAGUCAAACAUGAGUUUAUUUAAUGAUUCCCCUGCUAGUAGUGUUACUGAUACAAAUGAAUCUGGAAAGAGCCAAAUUACUACUGGUGCCAUGAAUCCUUUAGCUGAAGAACAUCUAUCAAAGCAAGAUCUACUUUCUUUAGACAUGCUCAAGUUCUUGUGUAUGUGUGUAACCACUGCUCAGACUAACACUGUGUCAUUUAGGGCAGCUGAUAUUCGGAGGGAAUUAUUAAUGUUAAUUGAUUCUAGCAUGCUAGACCCUACCAGAUCUCUUCAUUUACACAUGUAUCUAGUGCUUUUAAAGGCGCUUCCUGGAGAAGAAUAUCCCUUGCCAAUGGAAGAUGUUGCAAAACUUCUAAAACCACUACCCAAUGUGUGUUCAUCUUACCACCGUGACCAAGAUGUUUGUAAAACCAUUUUAAACCAUGUCCUUCACGUAGUGAUGAACCUGUGUCACAGAAAUAUGGAUGAUGAGAACACAAGGGAUGCUCAAGGACAGUUUCUAACAGUGAUUGGAGCAUUUUGGCACUUAACAAAGGAAGGGAAAAGUACAUUCUCUGUAAGAAUGGCACUAGUAAAAUGCCUUAAAACUUUGCUUGAGGCUGAUCCUUACUCAAAAUGGUCUAUUCUGAAUGUAAAGGGAAAAGAUCUUCCUGUAAAUGAAGUAUUUCCACAGUUUCUUGCUGAUAAUCAUCACCAAGUUCGCAUGUUGGCUGCGGAGUCAAUCAAUAGAUUGUUUCAGCAUAUAAAACGAGGUUCUUCCACAUUGAAAGCACUUCCUUUGAAGCUUCAGCAAACAGCUUUUGAAAAUGCAUACUUUAAAGCUCAGGAAGGAAUGAGAGAAUUGUCCCACAGAACUGAAAACUCUGAAACUUUGGAUGAGAUUUGUAAUAGAAAAGCCACUUUACUGAUGAUGAUAGUUGUGGUGUUAUACUGUAGCCCUGUCUGUGAAAAGCAGGCUUUAUUCGCCCUAUGCAAGUCUGUGAAAGAGAAUGGACUAGAGCCUCACCUCGUUAAAAAGGUUUUAAAGAAAGUUUCUGAAACUUUUGGAUAUAGAUGUUUAGAAGAUUUCAUGGCUUCUCAUUUGGAUUAUUUGGUAUUGGAAUGGCUAAAUCUUCAAGAUCCUGGAUACAGUGUAUCUUCUUUUCCUUUUAUUUUAUUAAAUUACACAAACAUUGAAGAUUUCUAUAGGUCUUGUUAUAAAAUUUUGAUUCCACCUCUAGUGAUUAGAAGUCAUUUUGAUGAAGUAAAAUUAAUUGCUAAUCAAAUUCAAGAGGAUUGGAAAAGUCUUCUGACAGACUGCUUUCCAAAGAUUCUUGUAAAUAUUCUUCCAUACUUUGCUUAUGAGGGUACAGAAGACAGUGGGAUGGCACAGCAAAGAGAGACUGCUACCAAAGUCUAUGAUAUGCUUAAAGAUGAAAACUUAUUAGGAAAACAGAUUGAUCAUUUAUUCAUUAGUAAUUUACCAGAGAUUGUAGUGGAAUUAUUGAUGACGUUACAUGAACCAGCAACUUCUGGUGCCAGCCAAAGCACUGACCCCUGUGACUUCUCAGGGGAUUUGGAUCCUGCUCCUAAUCCACCUCAUUUUCCAUCACAUGUGAUUAAAGCAACAUUUGCCUAUAUCAGCAAUUGCCAUAAAACCAAGCUUAAAAGCAUUUUAGAAAUUCUUUCCAAAAGCCCUGAUUCCUAUCAGAAAAUUCUUCUAGCCAUAUGUGAGCAAGCAGCUGAGACAAAUAAUGUUUACAAAAGGCACAGAAUUAUUAAAAUAUAUCACCUGUUUGUUAGUUUAUUAAUGAACGAUAUAAAGAGUGGCUUAGGAGGAGCUUGGGCCUUUGUCCUUCGAGAUGUUAUUUAUACUUUGAUUCACUAUAUCAACCAAAGGCCUUCUCGUUUCAUGGAUGUGUCAUUACGUAGCUUCUCCCUUUGUUGUGACCUAUUAAGCCGGGUUUGCCACACAGCGGUAACUUACUGUAAGGAUGCUUUAGAAAGUCAUCUUCAUGUUAUUGUUGGUACACUUAUACCCCUUGUGGAUGAUCAUAUGGAAGUUCGGGAACAGGUACUGGACUUGUUGAAAUUCUUAGUGAUUGAUAAUAAGGAUAAUGAAAAUCUGUAUAUCACAAUUAAACUUUUAGAUCCUUUUCCUGACCAUGUUGUCUUUAAGGAUUUGCGUAUUACUCAGCAGAACAUCAAAUACAGUAGAGGACCCUUUUCACUUUUGGAGGAAAUUAACCAUUUUCUCUCAGUAAGUGCAUAUGAUGCACUUCCAUUGACAAGGCUUGAAGGAUUGAAGGAUCUUCGAAGACAACUAGAGCAACAUAAAGAUCAGAUGAUGGAUCUUAUGAGAGCAUCUCAGGAUAACCCUCAGGAUGGCAUAAUGGUGAAGCUGGUUGUCAGCUUGUUGCAGUUAUCCAAGAUGGCAGUAAACCACACUGGUGAAAGAGAAGUUUUAGAGGCUGUUGGAAGCUGCUUGGGAGAAGUGGGUCCUAUAGAUUUCUCUACAAUAGCUAUACAACAUAGUAAAGAUACAUCUUAUACCAAGGCUCUUGAGUUAUUUGAAGAUAAAGAACUUCAGUGGACGUUUGUAGUGCUGACUUACCUGAAUAAUACACUGGUAGAAGAUUGUGUCAAAGUGCGAGCGGCAGCUGUUACCUGUUUGAAAAGCAUUUUAACCACAAAAACUGGACAUCGUUUCUGGGAUAUUUAUAAGGCAACAACUGAUCCCAUGCUGAUCUAUCUACAGCCUUUUAGAACAUCAAGAAAAAAGUUUUUAGAAGUAUUAAGACUUGAUAAAGAAAAUCCUUUAGAAGGCUUGGAUGAUACAAGCCUGUGGAUUCCUCAAAGUGAAAAUCAUGACAUUUGGUUAAAGACACUGACUUGUGCUUUUUUGAAUAGUGGUGGCACAAAAAGUGAAGUUCUUCAGUUAUUAAAGCCAAUGUGUGAGGUGAAAACUGACUUUUGUCAGACUGUGCUUCCAUACUUGAUUCAUGAUAUUCUACUACAAGAUACAGAUGAAUCAUGGAGAAAUCUCCUUUCUACACACAUUCAGGGAUUUUUCACUAGCUGUUUCAAACACUGUUCACAAACAAGCCGAUCCACAACCCCUGCAAAUUUGGAUUCAGAGUCAGAGCACUUUUUUCGAUGCCAUGUGGAUAAAAAAUCACAAAGAACUAUGCUUGCUGUUGUGGACUACAUGAGGAGACAAAAGAGACCUUCUUUAGGAACAGUUUUUGAUGAUGCUUUCUGGCUGGAGUUGAAUUAUCUAGAGGUUGCCAAAGUAGCUCAGUCUUGUGCUGCUCAUUUUACAGCAUUGCUCUAUGCAGAAAUCUAUGCAGAUAAGAAGAACUUGGAUGAUCAAGAGAAAAGAGAUGCUCUUAUGACAAACAGAAGUCUUACAUUUGAAGAAGGAAGCCAAAGUACAACUAUUUCCAGUUUGAGUGAAAAAAGUAAGGAAGAAACUGGGAUAAGUUUACAGGAUUUGCUUUUAGAAAUCUACAGAAGUAUAGGAGAGCCAGAUAGUCUUUAUGGCUGUGGUGGAGGGAAAAUGUUACAACCCCUUACUAGACUACGAACAUAUGAACAUGAAGCAAUGUGGGGGAAAGCCCUAGUAACAUAUGACCUUGAGACCACAAUCUCCUCAUCAACUCGUCAGGCAGGAAUAAUUCAGGCCUUGCAGAAUUUGGGACUCUGCCAUAUUCUUUCCAUCUAUUUAAGAGGAUUAGAUCAUGAAAAUAAAGAGUGGUGUGCUGAACUACAGGAACUUCAUUACCAAGUAGCAUGGAGGAAUAUGCAGUGGGACCACUGCAUUUCUGUCAACAAAGGAGUGGAAAGAACCAGUUACCACGAGUUGUUGUACAAUGCUCUGCAGUCUCUAAGAGACAGAGAAUUCUCCACUUUUUAUGAAAGUCUCAAACAUGCCAGAGUUAAAGAAGUGGAAGAGUUGUGUAAGGGCAGUCUUGAGUCUGUGUAUUCCCUCUACCCUACACUUAGCAGAUUGCAGGCCAUUGGAGAGCUUGAAAACAUUGGAGAACUUUUCUCAAGAUCAGUAACAGAUAAGCAGCCCUCUGAAGUGUACAUAAAGUGGUGGAAACAUUCCCAGCUUCUCAAAGACAGUGAUUUUAGUUUUCAGGAGCCUAUAAUGGCCCUACGCACAGUUAUUUUGGAGAUCUUGAUGGAAAAGGAAAUGGAAAACUCCCAAAGAGAGUGUUUUAAGGACAUUCUCACCAAGCAUCUUAUAGAACUCUCUGUAUUAGCUCGAACUUUCAAGAACACUCAGCUCCCUGAAAGGGCAAUAUUUCAAAUUAAACAGUAUAAUUCAGCUAGUAGUGGAGUCUCUGAGUGGCAACUGGAGGAAGCACAAGUAUUCUGGGCAAAAAAGGAACAGAGUCUUGCCCUGAGUAUUCUCAAGCAAAUGAUCAAGAAGCUGGAUGCCAGUUGUACAGAGAAUGAUCCCAACUUAAAACUUAUAUACACAGAAUGUCUAAGGGUUUGUGGCACCUGGUUAGCAGAAACUUGCUUAGAAAAUCCUGCAGUCAUCAUGCAGACCUAUCUAGAAAAGGCUGUGGAAGUUGCUGGAAAUUAUGAUGGAGAAAGCAAUGAUGGGCUCAGAAAUGGAAAAAUGAAGGCAUUUCUCUCAUUAGCACGGUUCUCAGAUACUCAGUACCAAAGAAUUGAAAACUACAUGAAAUCAUCAGAAUUUGAAAACAAGCAAGCUCUCCUGAAAAGAGCCAAAGAGGAAGUUGGCCUACUUAGGGAACAUAAAAUCCAGACCAACAGAUACACAGUAAAGGUUCAGCGAGAGCUGGAGUUGGAUGAAUGUGCACUCCAUGCAUUGAAAGAGGAUCGUAAACGUUUCUUAUGUAAAGCAGUUGAAAAUUACAUCAAUUGUUUAUUAAGUGGUGAAGGGCAUGAUAUGUGGAUAUUUCGUCUUUGUUCUCUCUGGCUUGAAAAUUCUGGAGUUUCUGAAGUCAAUGGCAUGAUGAAGAGAGAUGGAAUGAAGAUUCCAUCAUACAAAUUUUUGCCACUUAUGUACCAAUUGGCUGCUAGAAUGGGGACAAAGAUGAUGGGAGGCCUAGGAUUUCAUGAAGUCCUCAAUAAUCUCAUCUCUAGAAUUUCAAUGGAUCAUCCUCAUCACACUUUGUUUAUUAUAUUGGCCUUAGCAAAUGCAAACAAGGAUGAAUUUUUGACCAAACCAGAGGCAGCCAGAAGGAGUAGAAUUACUAAAAAUGCACCUAAACAAAGCUCUCAGCUUGAUGAGGAUCGAACCGAGGCUGCUAACAAAAUAAUACGUACUAUCCGAAGUAGGAGACCUCAGAUGGUCAGAAGUGUUGAGGCACUUUGUGAUGCUUAUAUUAUACUAGCAAAUUUAGAUGCCACUCAGUGGAGGACUCAGAGAAAAGGCAUAAAUAUUCCAGCAGACCAGCCCAUUAUCAAACUUAAAAAUUUAGAAGAUGUUGUUGUCCCUACUAUGGAAAUCAAGGUGGACCCCACAGGAGAAUAUGGAAAUCUGGUGACUAUAAAGUCAUUUAAAGAACAAUUUCGUUUAGCAGGAGGUUUAAAUUUACCAAAAAUAAUAGAUUGUGUGGGCUCUGAUGGAAAGGAAAGGAGACAGCUUGUCAAGGGCCGUGAUGACCUGAGACAAGAUGCCGUCAUGCAGCAGGUUUUCCAGAUGUGUAAUACAUUACUGCAGAGAAAUACUGAAACCAGGAAGAGGAAAUUGACUAUUUGUACUUAUAAGGUGGUUCCCCUUUCUCAGCGAAGUGGUGUUCUUGAAUGGUGCACUGGAACUGUCCCUAUUGGUGAAUUUCUUGUUAACAAUGAGAAUGGUGCUCAUAAAAGAUACAGGCCAAAGGAUUUCAGUGCCAUUCACUGCCAAAAGAAAAUGAUGGAUAUGCAGAAAAAGUCUUUUGAAGAGAAAUAUGAAACUUUCAUGGAGAUUUGCCAAAAUUUUCAACCAGUUUUCCGUUACUUCUGCAUGGAAAAAUUCUUGGAUCCGGCAGUGUGGUUUGAGAAACGAUUGGCUUAUACUCGGAGUGUGGCUACUUCUUCUAUUGUUGGUUACAUACUUGGACUUGGUGAUAGACAUGUACAGAAUAUCUUGAUAAAUGAGCAGUCAGCAGAACUUGUACAUAUAGAUUUAGGAGUUGCUUUUGAACAGGGCAAAAUCCUUCCUACUCCUGAAACAGUUCCUUUUAGACUUACCAGAGAUAUUGUGGAUGGAAUGGGCAUUACUGGUGUUGAAGGUGUCUUCAGAAGAUGCUGUGAGAAAACCAUGGAGGUAAUGAGAAAUUCUAAGGAAACCCUGUUAACCAUUGUAGAGGUCCUCCUAUAUGAUCCUCUCUUUGACUGGACCAUGAAUCCUCUAAAAGCUUUAUAUUUACAACAGAGGCCAGAUGAUGAAAGUGAGCUCCACUCCACUCUAAAUGCAGAUGACCAGGAAUGCAAACGAAAUCUCAGUGAUAUUGACCAGAGUUUCAAUAAAGUAGCUGAACGUGUCUUGAUGAGACUGCAAGAGAAACUAAAAGGAGUAGAGGAAGGAACCGUGCUCAGUGUUGGUGGACAGGUGAAUUUGCUCAUACAGCAGGCCAUGGACCCGAAAAAUCUCAGCCGACUUUUCCCAGGAUGGAAAGCUUGGGUGUGAUAUUACGCAUGUGAUUGCCUUGGAUUCAGCCUUUAUAAAUUGUAUUUUGGCCUUCAUUGUUAACCCACCCACAUACUUUGAAUAAGUAUUAAUAUUAGUAUUAAUAUUGAA